UUAUUGGGAACGUGUUCAUUGUCUCCUUACAAUUUCAAUUCACCAAUCGUGUCGAUGCUACUUGGACAAGGUUAACAUCAUUGCUAUAGCUGAUAGAGCUCUAUUCACCUACAAAAGCUUCACCCGAGGAAAUCUGACGCGUUGCUGAUUCAUAGAUGUGGUCGUCACAUCCUUUACACGGCGUCAAAGUCGUUGAGCUAGCUGGACUAGCACCUGGCCCCUUCGCCGGCCUCCUCCUAGCCGACUACGGCGCUUCGGUGCUUCGUGUUGAUCGGCCACCCAACACAUCAGUUGCACCAGCUGGCGACCAUCUCACACGUCACAAAUCUUCCAUCUGUAUGGAUUUGAAGGACGCACGCUCUCGGGAACUCUUACUUUCAAUACUUUUACGAGCUGAUGUUCUCAUUGAUCCCUUUCGGCCAGGUGUGCUCGAGCGACUCGGUCUCUCACCGACUGAGGUUCUGCUCAAGCAUAAUCCACGUCUUAUCAUUGCUCGCAUGACUGGCUUCCGGCGCGCGGGAAAGUACAAGGAUAUGGCAGGACACGAUAUAAACUACCUCGCGGUGUCUGGAGUUCUCUCUAUGCUUGGGCGGAGUGGUGAACCUCCAUUGGCACCUGGAAACUUGCUAGGAGACUUUGCUGGUGGCGGCGCCAUGUGUUUUCUCGGUAUUUUGCUAGCACUCAUCUCCCGAUCAGCAACGGGUAAAGGGCAAGUGGUUGAAGCAAACAUGGUAGAUGGGGCGGCAUAUCUGGCUACAAUGCCGAGAUUAGCAAGAAAGACACCUGUAUGGAGUGAGCCUAGGGGACAGAAUCUGUUAGAUGGCGGGUGUCCCUAUUAUGACACGUACGAAACGAAAGACAAAGGGAAAUAUUUCGCUGUUGGGGCACUUGAGCCGCACUUUUAUGCGGCACUCUUGAAAGGAUUGGGGUUCGCCAAAAAUGAUGUUCCCGCGAGUGAAGAUAGAGACAAUUGGCCUGCUAUCAGGCAGAUUUUUACAAAGCGAUUCAAGGAAAAGACUAGGGCAGAAUGGGAAGCAAUCUUUGACGGCACCGAUGCCUGUGCCACUCCCGUACUGGAACAAAGCGAACUGGAAGAAAAUGGGUAUCAGCAGAGACUCCCUGUUGCCCUGGUCAGUACGCCUGGCAAGACUUUCAAAGCGGAUGAAGCAGGUUGGGAAGGCGGGGGACUGCUCCCCGGCGAUGGUGGUGAGAUGCGAUUGAAGGAAUGGUUUGGUUGGACCAAGGGCAAGGAAUACCUGGAGCAAGACGGGAUUCUGGGUUCAAUCAAAGCGUUGUCUAAGCUAUAAUCCGGAGAUUUUAACUGCCACGUAUUCAUGUGUCCAUC